AUGGAAGCACCCUCCUCGAACGCUGGAGGCAUGAUGACUGACAACGAUGAUCAGAGCCGUCGUGGGGCCGACGAAGCGGAGGAGGUUGACGAGCAAGGGCGAGCACCCGCCGGGACGCGUCGACGCGGCGCCAAUCCGAACCGCGUACGAAUCAGCAGGGACCAGAACGGCAUCCCGCCUGUGCGCGAUGACACUGGAGAAAAAGUUACGGAACUUUUCCAGCAGUUCCUUGAACAGUGCGUUUUCGUAGCGGUCUCUUGUGUGCCGGCACGCCGCGAGCUGCACGCGGCCUUUCAUCAAGACGCGUCGUCGCGUCAAAUGAGACUCGCGUUCGCGAUUGCCCCCCUCCUGCGCAAAAAGAUACUUACUCCCCUUUCGAUUACCUGCUCUUCAUGAUAGGUUCUCCGAAGACAAUGCUGGACCCCUCCCGUCGUCGUCGAACGCAGACCCCGCCUCGGAUGCUCCCGGUCCUCAUCACUUUUACGUGAGCCGCUCGCGACGCGUCCUGGUCUCUCCCGUGUUCUCAGCCUCGAGACGGAAAGCUGACUCGAACUUCGAUCAUGGGUCCACAGAUCGAGCAAAUCAAAGGCAUGCAAGAGUUUAAGCUGUCGACGCUCUACGUCGACUACCAGCAUCUCAUGAACGCCAGGGACAUUUUGGCUAGGGCCAUCACCGAGCAGUACUACCGGUACGUACUCUUCCCCCGUCUCGUGUGUGCGAAUUCAUCCACUGACCUCGUCAAUUCAACAUGUUACACGCAGCUUCCUUCCCUAUCUCCGGCGAGCCCUGCAGAACCUUGUGCGCAAGUACGCACGCACGUACCUGUACGUCAACUCGCACACCAACGCCACAACCGAGGCCGGCCUCAAGGUGCGCACCUUCUCGAUCGCCUUCUACAAUAUGCCUUUGGUCGAAGGUAUCCGCGACAUGCGCACCGAGAAGAUUGGCAAGCUGUCGAGCAUCUCGGGAACGGUCACGCGCACGAGCGAGGUCCGACCCGAGUUGAUCUUUGGCACCUUUACGUGUCAAGAGUGCAAGGGUGUGAUUCGAGAUGUCGAGCAGCAGUUCAAGUACACCGAGGUGAGUCUCAUCCUGACUGAAUUAACAUAAAGGUUUUCGACUGACGCGGCGUUCAUUAUUUCCGCUACAACUCUUUAGCCGACACUCUGCCCCAACGUGACGUGCUCGAACCGAUCCAAUUGGAAGCUCGACAUUGAGCAGUCCAAGUUCUCGGAUUGGCAAAAGGUCCGCAUUCAGGAGAACUCGAACGAGAUCCCGACUGGGAGUAUGCCCCGGUCGUAAGCAGAUCCCCCAUCCUUAAUUUCCGAUUCAGAGUCGAUGACUGACCGGAUUCCUAUGACAUGCUACAGCCUUGACGUCAUCCUUCGAGCUGAAGUCGUCGAGCGAGCCAAGGCCGGUGACAAGGUUAUUUUCACGGGCACGUUCAUCGUCGUUCCUGACGUGGCUGCGCUCGGUUUGCCGGGAGUGAACGCCGAGAUGCUUCGCGAAGGCUCCGGUGGACGAGGAGGCGCAACUGGUACCUUCGGUGGUAACAUGGGUGUGACUGGACUCAAAGCGCUCGGUGUCAAGGACUUGACGUACAAAACCGCUUUCCUCGCUUGCAUGGCUACGAGUGCCGAUGCUAGGGUGAGUGAGCAAAGCAACCCGGCCUCCCGUGGUCAAAGCACUUAUGGGAACCGGUCAAUGUCAAUUCGCAGACCACGUCCACCAACAUUCGAGCUGACGCUGAAACAGGUGGCGAGCGAUCUCGCAAAGACUUUGUCAGCUCGUUGACGCGCGAAGAACUCGCCCAACUCAGUGGCAUGAUCCAGACCAAGGACAUCUACAACAAGCUCGUCGAGAGUAUCGCGCCAACGGUGUUUGGACACAAGAUCGUUAAGAAGGGUGUUCUGCUUCAGUUGAUGGGAGGUGUGCACAAGCAAACGCCCGAAGGCAUGAACCUCAGGGGUGACUUGAACGUUUGCAUCGUUGGUGACCCGUCGACGAGCAAGUCGCAGUUUCUCAAGUGAGUACCAAACACCUCUGCGAUUCCCUGAACCUUGGCGGCUGUCAAUUGACGUUCUUACUUGUCACUCGCUGCAGGUACGUGUGCGGUUUCUUGCCUCGCGCUGUCUACACCUCGGGCAAAGCUUCCUCUGCCGCCGGUCUCACCGCUGCCGUCGUCAAAGAUGAGGAGACGGGCGAGUUCACGAUCGAAGCUGGUGCGCUCAUGCUCGCCGACAACGGCAUCUGUGCCAUCGACGAGUUUGACAAGAUGGACAUUGCCGACCAAGUCGCCAUCCACGAAGCGAUGGAACAGCAGACGAUCUCGAUCGCGAAAGCCGGUAUCCAAGCGACGCUCAAUGCGCGUACCUCGAUCCUCGCCGCGGCGAACCCCGUUGGUGGUCGCUACAACCGCAAGAUGAGCUUGCGAGCCAACGUCGCGAUGAGCGCACCGAUCAUGUCGCGUUUCGAUCUCUUCUUCGUCGUUCUGGACGAGUGCAACGAAGAGAUCGACACUGAGCUCGCCACCCACAUUGUCAAGCUCCACCGCUUCCAAAACGUCGCAAUCGCGCCCCCUUUCUCGACCGAAGAAUUGCAACGCUACAUCCGCUUCGCGCGCACGUUCAACCCCAAGCUCACCGCCGCAGCGUCCAAAGUGCUCGUCGAGAAGUACCGUGAUCUGCGUAGCGAGGACUCGGACGGCUAUGGUCGCAAUUCGUACCGCGUCACCGUGCGUCAACUGGAGAGCAUGGUGCGCUUGUCCGAAGCGAUCGCGCGCGCCAAUUGUACCGAUGUGAUUACCGCGGCGUUUGUCAACGAGGCCCACUCAUUGCUCAGUCAAUCAAUCAUCCAAGUGCUCAAGGAUAACGUCGAGAUCGAUGACGAUGACGAUGAGGAUGAUGACGAGAACGAUGGUGAGGACGGCACCGCAGGACCCGAAUCGUCACAGACGGGCCCAGGGGCUUCUUCACCGACCCGGGGUCGAUCACCUCGCGACGAGGACGGAGAGCAAGCAACGACGCCUCGCGCAACGACGCCUGCCGCACCGAAGAAGGCCAAGAUCUCCAUCACAUACGAUAAGUACAUGACAAUUAUGCAGAAGGUCGUCUACAUGCUCGCGGACGUCGAGAAUCGAACGCAAGCUGGUCUGCCCCGUUCCGAGGUCGAGCAAUGGUAUCUCGACGAGAUGGAGCACACGUUCAGCAAUACUGAGGAACUCGAUGCCGAGACGACGCUCAUCUCCAAGGUCUUGACCAAACUCGUCAAGGAGAAAUACUUGCUCGAGCUCAAGGCCGGGAGUGGGUCGGGGCUCGUCGAGGACGGUGAACAAGGGACCGACGAUGACCCGAUGCUAUCCGUUCACCCCGAAUGCGAUGUUCUUACUAACUAG